AUGGCUAAUGAGAAUCACGGCAGCCCCCGGGAGGAAGCGUCCCUGCUGAGUCACUCCCCUGGCACCUCCAGUCAGAGCCAGCCGUGCUCUCCAAAGCCCAUCCGCCUGGUGCAGGACCUCCCAGAAGAGCUGGUGCAUGCUGGCUGGGAGAAGUGCUGGAGCAGGAGGGAGAACCGCCCCUACUACUUCAACCGAUUCACCAAUCAGUCCCUGUGGGAGAUGCCUGUGCUGGGCCAGCACGACGUGAUUUCGGACCCUUUGGGGCUGAAUGCGACCCCAUUGCCCCAAGAUUCAAGCUUGGUGGAAACCCCCCCGGCUGAGAACAAGCCCCGAAAGCGGCAGCUCUCGGAAGAGCAGCCAAGUGGCAACGGUGUGAAGAAGCCCAAGAUUGAAAUCCCCAUGACACCCACAGGCCAGUCAGUGCCUAGCUCCCCCAGUGUUCCAGGAACCCCAACACUGAAGAUUUGGGGUGCAUCCCCUGAAGACAAACAGCAAGCAGCUCUCCUCCGACCCACUGAGGUGUACUGGGAUCUGGACAUCCAGACCAAUGCUGUCAUCAAGCACCGGGGGCCUUCGGAGGUGCUGCCCCCCCACCCCGAGGUGGAGCUGCUCCGCUCGCAGCUCAUCCUGAAGCUUCGGCAGCACUACCGGGAGCUGUGCCAGCAGCGAGAGGGCAUUGAACCGCCCCGGGAAUCUUUCAACCGCUGGAUGCUGGAGCGCAAGGUGGUGGACAAAGGAUCAGACCCCCUGUUGCCGAGCAACUGUGAACCAGUCGUAUCACCUUCCAUGUUUCGUGAAAUCAUGAAUGACAUUCCCAUCAGGUUAUCCCGAAUCAAGUUCCGGGAGGAAGCCAAGCGCCUGCUUUUUAAAUACGCAGAGGCUGCCAGGAGGCUCAUCGAAUCCAGGAGUGCGUCCCCUGACAGCAGGAAGGUGGUCAAGUGGAAUGUGGAGGACACCUUCAGUUGGCUGCGGAAGGACCACUCGGCCUCCAAGGAGGACUAUAUGGACCGCCUGGAGCACCUGCGGAGGCAGUGUGGCCCCCAUGUCUCGGCUGUGGCCAAAGACUCCGUGGAAGGCAUCUGUAGCAAGAUCUACCACAUCUCCCUGGAGUAUGUCAAACGGAUCCGAGAGAAGCAUCUUGCUGUCCUCAAGGAAAACAACAUCCCAGAGGAGGUAGAGGCCCCUGAGGUGGAGCCUCGCCUGGUGUACUGCUACCCAGUACGGCUGGCUGUGUCUGCACCGCCCAUGCCCAGCGUGGAGAUGCACAUGGAGAACAACGUGGUCUGCAUACGGUAUAAGGGCGAGAUGGUCAAGGUCAGCCGCAACUACUUCAGCAAGCUGUGGCUCCUUUACCGCUACAGCUGCAUUGAUGACUCUGCCUUUGAGAGGUUCCUGCCCCGGGUCUGGUGUCUCCUCCGACGGUACCAGAUGAUGUUCGGCGUGGGCCUCUACGAGGGGACAGGCCUGCAGGGCUCACUGCCCGUGCACAUCUUCGAGGCCCUCCACCGGCUCUUUGGCGUCAGCUUUGAGUGCUUUGCCUCCCCCCUCAACUGCUACUUCCGCCAGUACUGCUCUGCCUUCCCUGACACAGACGGCUACUUCGGCUCCCGCGGGCCCUGCCUGGACUUCUCCCCACUGAGUGGCUCCUUUGAGGCCAACCCGCCAUUCUGUGAGGAGCUCAUGGAUGCCAUGGUUUCUCACUUUGAGAAACUGCUCGAGAGCUCUCCAGAGCCCCUGUCCUUCAUCGUGUUCAUCCCGGAGUGGCGGGAACCCCCCACACUAGCGCUCACCCGCAUGGAGCAGAGCCGCUUCAAACGCCACCAGCUGGUCCUGCCUGCCUUCGAACAUGAGUACCGGAGUGGUUCCCAGCACAUCUGCAAGAAGGAGGAAAUGCACUACAAGGCCGUCCACAACACGGCCGUACUCUUCCUGCAGAACGAGCCGGGCUUCGCCAAGUGGGGGCCGACACCUGAGCGGCUACAGGAGCUGAGUACCGCCUACCGGCAGUCGGGCCGCAGCCAUAGUUCCAGCUCCUCUUCCUCGUCGUCCUUGGAGGCCAAGGACCGGGACUCAGGCCGCGAGCAAGGCCCUAGCCGCGACCCUCACCCUACUUAG